AUGCAAACGCGACGAAAGAGUCUGAAUUUGGGAGACCUUGGCGUCGUCGCCCCGAAACGAUCGCGAACCACCAUCUCGCACCCGUCACCGCCAGAAACCGUCUACGAAGGCGAAGAGCGUCCCGCAAAGAAGUCCAAGCAGUCGCAUGGCUCAAUGUCACCGCCUCCGGGCCUCAUGAGCCCGCCGCGAUCGACUGUUAUCCGUCUGAAGGAAGAGAAGCCGAAACGAGCGACUGAGCUGUCGCCUCCACCGUCGCCUGUCGCAGAAGGGAGCGCGAGCAAGAUAGACUUCGAAGGAAUCAAUGAUGACAUCGUCAUUGGGACGUUAGAACAAAUCGAGAAGACUGGAAACAGACCGCAUCUGGUCAAGGAACUAGCUGCUGUCCUCGCGACCAAGCUUCUUUGUGUGGAGAAAUCCGCGAACCCGUCGGCCCUCAUCUCGUCGCGACUGACAGCUUAUCUCAACCGCACAUGGCCUCCAGUCAGCCCAUGUCCAUUGGCCAAGGAUCUUUCUCCUGUGCACCCCCGCCGACUCUAUUUCUACCUGACGACCACGCCUUACCAGCCAAUCCCAGCAACCGUGACAGAACCCAUCCCGAAAGCAAAUCGCAUCAUAUCGCCAUCACUGUCUUCCGCAUCGGCUGCUGACGAGGAGAACGAAUACCUACGACGGCGAGAAGCUCUGUCGCCUUCCCCCGAGGUCGACCUAUCCUCUCCUGAGCUCGAAGAAGAUCAUGGCGAUGCUCCGCCAACACCCGGCGGUUCUUUCCCGGCCCGCAACUCCAUAUCACGGGACAGGUCGGCAAGCUAUACUCACCCGAGACGCAAUGCCAGUCCACCGCUAGAGACCGAGGAGCAGGACUUCAAGCAGACUGCAAGCGCAUUAUACGAAGAGGCACAGAAACGACGGAAUAGUCAACACAGCCAGCAGGAUGUCAACAUGGACGGAGAUGCUGCAGGUGGUGCAGAUCAGGACGCAGACAGCGUAACCAUGUCAAUUGAGCCAGAGGAGACAGAGGAGAGUGCAGCCUUGAAGAACAGCGAAGCGGCAGCUGCGUUAUUUGGCCCCAGUGAUCACGUACAUGUGACUUCAACACAACAGAUGGAAUUCAGCAGUCCUUACCUGCAGCCACAUAAGGUGGACUUGCAGGACGAGACAGACCACAUGACACUUAGCUUCGGAAAAGACGACCACCACAUUUCGCUGCCCGAAGCAGCUCUGGGCUGGGACAGCUUACAAAGCCCUGAAGACAUCGAGGUCGGAGACCUGGACGAUAUGUUCGAUGCGUACUAG